AUGGCUGACUCCUUACGACGUCCUUCUAAUGGUGAUUCUUGGUCCGCCGUUCAUCACCUAAGGCCGUCCCUCUCAUCCAGUGCUCCGCUCUCUGUUACCUUCUUUUGUGUUUUCAGGUGGAGACGUCUUGGCGAAGGCCUGGAAUCGCUGCUGUCUGGCAUGCAAGAUCAUCAGAAGGAAGAGAACAUCAAUUACCUCAUGCACUGGCUGCAGCAAGUGACUGAGGAACAAGAUUCCACUUCUAUGCAGGCUUCUGACGUGGCGGAGUAUGGUAAUAAUGACUUCAGAGCUAGCUUUCUGCAGCAGCUGGAGGUGAUUGCGGGAAUCACUUCACACGAAGUGGCUUCCGGAUCCAGUUACUGUGACCCAGUGGAUCUGGUGGGAAGCUUUGGUGAGCUGAGCGAAGGGCCUGCUGCUCUAAACGACAGUGGCACGGAAUUGCACGCCAGCAAUAGCAGCAGCAGUAACAGCAGCGAUGGGCUUGGGAGAUUGGCUUGUGUUUCUGAUGCUCCUGGCAAGGCACGGCAGGGGGGCAAUCCAGAGCGCAACGAAGUGCAUCGUAACGGAGGGAGGAACCUUCCCGGGAUAGAUAAGAACCCUGGUCUGGCGAAUGUACCAGCCAGGAGCGGAAUUGGAAUUGGACGGAGGCAUGGAGCGGAACAGGAGGUCACGGCAGAGAGCAGUGGGACUGAAGCUGAGAAAAGCUGCAGCAACUCUGAGGAUGGCGAGGUGGACGAGGAUGAAAAGGCUCCUGUUGGAUUGAGAGGAUACAGCAGCGCAUGGAGCAACGUCCACAGUGUGAACUGGCUGGCGACCAGGCGCACGUCAGAAGACAGCUUUCUGGGAAACCGGUCCAGUUCAAGAAAUUCCAGUGAGAGGCCGUCUCAUGCUCGAAGGCCCAUCGGGAGGACUGCGUGUGGAAGGAGGUCAACGACAGAUGUGAAGGGUGACGACAGAAAGAGGUCCAGCAGCGUUAGUGUUCCUCGUGGAAAGAGCUUCGGAGAACAUGAUGGAAAUACACUGGCUGCUGUGCAGGCGUCUAGUGUUCAUGCGCAAGGACCACGUGAACUGUCUGGUUCUGCUGCAGCUGGGGAGCUUUCAGAAGAGGAAGGGCCUUAUCCGCCUGUGCCACAACCACAGUUGCUGUCACAGGACCGAUCUAUCUCCCUCUCCUCCUUCCUCACAGAUAUUUUGUCAUCCGAUGCAGGCUUGCCCGACUUUGCUCUCUCUCCUCCUCAGGCAUCCCCUGUUACAUCUUCCCAUGGCUCUCAGCCUCAGUCAAGAAAUGGCUCACCCCGUCCUCCGUCCUCAGAGGACGACCUUCCUCUCCCUUCACUUCUACGCAAACCAACCGAGUGGGGAAAGCUGCAGCAGUCCAUGGGCUAUGAAACAGGAGCUGUGACUGGCUGCUCUUCAGCAAGCACUGAACCUGGCCCUAGUGUCCAGCUCCCUAUACUUCCUCCGCCUCCUUCCACCCUCGUCCCUCCUGGCCUUGCUGCUUCUCUUACGUCCUCCCAGCAUUCGAGGUCCUCCUCUAAUUCAUCUGCGAUUCUCAUGCCUUCACCUGCUUGCAUGGCUUUCUCGCCUCCUUUGCACUCCUCAUCCCUUGGCCUUCAUGAGCCAGAUAAGCCACACACGCUCACCUCGUCACACACGCUCACGCUGCCACAGAACCUACUUUCGUUCUCCAACCCAUCCGCCUCCUCUGACAGUGAGGCUGGCUCACCCUUGCAUCGAAGCACCAAGGCUCGGGAAAGUCUUCACUCGUUUUCAGAUCCCGAUCUACCUCUGCCCAAGCUUCAGGGCACUGGCACGAGCAGUCAUGCUGGGGAAGCCACCAGUGGGUUACUUCACAAUGAGGAGGAGACGCCUGUAGAGGGGAUGAAUGCAGCAACAACACUUGCUGCUUCUGAUACGAGAAGUGUCAUGGCUACUGGAUUUGUGGGGAAUGUAGGAGCUGAUACUGGUGCUGGAACCAGUGCUCAUGCUGAUAUACCUGGUCCAAGCAGCAGGAGGACUUCAGAGUUUUCUGGCAUGGGAUUGCUGACUGGGGGAGGGACUACCUGGGACGAGACGGAGGAAGGCAGUGCGCUCUUGCCCUUGGCGGGAGAGGUAGAUGAUGUGCGUAAUGGUGUUUCUGGCAUGGAGUUUGGAGGUAUCCUGGAUGCUGGUGCUGGAGGGUCGGACGGGUUGGACAACUGGAAUGGAAAGGCCAACAGGGAUGAUGGACAGAGAGUAUCCAUGGGAUUUGGAGGCGUAGCUUCUGAACCAGCCGGAGCUGCAGCUGGCAUAGUACAGUCUGGUGGUGGUGCAUUAGGAGCUGAAGGCAUGGAUUUUGAACUGAUUCAAUCAAGCGGGCAGAAUAAAGUGGUUGCAGAGGAGGCCACUCCUCGCCUCUCAGCUGUCCUGCAAGUCCUUCAGUCUGCCCGCCAGAAGAUCCGGGCAGUCACUGUUCCACCGCAGCUGCAGCCAUCAUCAGCUAACGGGAUGCUCCUGGACUUCCAAGAGACUGCCAAACCGUCCUCACUGCCAAUGCCACGCAAGUCCCCGUUGGGGAAUUCCUCCCACAUAGAUCAUCCGCCAGGCCCUUCCGCUGCAGAACCUCGAAUCCCACUUACUGGUACCUCUGUGCAACCUCUGGUGGCAGCCGCAAGUGUGGAAAGCUCUCAGCCCGGUCGGCACUCAUAUUCCUCUCAUACGGCUUCAAAGUUGAGGCAGCCAACCACCACCUCACAGAGUCGCAAUUUUCCUGCCAAAGAGGUGGCGAGCUCUGGAUCAACAAAAGAGAGAGCAGGGUCGCAGACUGCAGGUGAUCCUGGUCUUGAAGCUGGCACCAACACGGUGACGUCUGUUUCUGCAUUGAGAGAAGUGGUUCGCGCACGGAGGGAGAAACAAACUGGUGCUAGCAGUGGACGGAAGUCAAGUGUGGGACUCAGCAAGAAAGCUUCUGGUACGGGUGCUUCUGCCAUUGCUGGAGCAAGUGCUGGCACAGGUGUUGCUACAUCCCUGGAUGUAGCAUACUAUGAGGAAAAAGGCCCUCAAUCAGGCUCUGGUUCGGAGAGAAGCCGAAGCAGCAAGUCACGGAGAGCUGGCAGUGGGGUUGGAAGUCGUUCUUCUAGAAGUGGGGAGAAGCAAGCAGGGAAAGGCAAGGUGAGGUCUGACUCAGUUGCUGUGCCUCAUCAUGAUGUCUCAACUGCUGAUGAGGCAGAUGAGAGCAUUGUCCCACUAAGGCGAUCCAAGCAUUCAUCAAGUCACCAGCGCUCAUCACCAUGGAUGCUGAAGCAGGGACGUGGUGGAGAGUCGUUGCAGUCAAGCCAGUCAAGCUCAUUGAAGUAUGCUGGAAGUGCCAAGUGA